ACCCCUUCGUGAUUGCUGCGCGCGUGCGCGUUGCUUGGUUGCUCUGCUCAGAAAAGCCCCUGAGCCUCCACUAAUACCAGUAAAAAAAUGAGGCAUACUCAGAGUAUUUCCCAUGUCCCUCCUGUGGUCACCACUGGGGUGAAGCCAGGGAACAUGAGACCACAUCACAACAGCACAAAGGGCAUUGGAGCGCGUAGCAGGAUGCGAAUCCCUGAGAGAGAGCAUUCCAUAGCAGUGCUGAAAAGCAUGCAGCGACCUCCAUUCCAUCUACAGCGGGAAGAACAAGAGGCCUUCUUCCUCCUACUGGAGGAUGACUUGGUACAAGAGUUCUUGUCUAUGGACAUAUGCUACAAGAUUUCAGAUAAGUAUCUUCUAGCCAUGACUCUGACUUACUUCAAACGUGCUGGCCUGCAUAUUAGUGAAUACACACGGAUGAACCUUUUCACUGCUCUGUACUUGGCUAAUGACAUGGAGGAAGAUGAAGAGGAUUACAAGUAUGAGAUCUUUCCCUGGGCCCUUGGUGACAACUGGCGGCAGCUGUUCCCACAGUUCUUAAAACUGAGGGAUGGCUUCUGGGCUAAAAUGAACUACCGAGCAGUGGUCAGCCGGCGCUGUUGUGAUGAGAUAAUGUCAAAGGAGCCAUCCCAUUGGGCUUGGUCACGUGAACGACCCCUUCAUCACAGUGGAGCACUGAGAAGCUACCUGAAGAAUGAGAAGGACUCACUUCCCCGAGGACCUGGUGUUACACCCCCAAGCUGCCCUCUCUGCACUUGUGAGCUGACUGAACAGGAAGGCAGCCCAGAAGAUGCUCCAAGUACCAGUAUUACUUCUGAUGGUGACCUAUUGCCAUUCACUAACCAGUGGUCCCAGAACUUUAUUAUCCUCCCUCAGAAAAUAAUGCUGGAGCCGGUUGCAACAUAUAGCCUGCAGAUCCUUCAGGAGCCAGGAGUCACUAUGGAGCCUGAUGGAACUGGCAUGGAUUGGCGAUCUGUGGGGUGACUCUCUAUUCCAGGACCAAGACGUCUCUUCCCAAGGAACUGCAAAUGGCACUGGACUUGUUCUUAUUCUGCUGUUCACAGAAGUAUGUUUUCCCCAUGCACUUUAUGAAUAUAUUCUGGUUGUGAACAGGAAGACAGGACAGUACUUAUGUAUUUAAAAAAAAUUACUGCUGAUGCAGCUAUUCAAAUGUGCCUUAUUUAAUGUGCAAAUCCCAAUGUAAUAGCUGGACGGGCUCUAAUAAAAAUGUCCAGGAAAAAAGUUUAGCUUCUGUUAAUAGAGAAUCCUGGUAAAUGUAACGAUUAUCAGGGCAACAAAACUUGAUACUGAGUGAGCAUAGCAGUGACCUGUGGUAUCGUGGUUGUUCUUGCUUAAGGCUUGGGACAAACACAGAUGUGGAGGAAGGAUUCCUGGGGAAGAAAAUCAGAAUUUAUACAUUGCUAGUGGGUCUGUUUGAGCAGAGCAUCUGAAUCUUUCAGGUCUCAAAGGAAACUCACAAUGGCAGUAAUAUCCACUUGCACCAAAAAGGCUUUAUUGGUGGUGGAGGAGAAGGGAAGAAUGUAAUCAAUACUGGGGCUUCUGUUUUAAGAGCAACUAGUACUGGCUGCUAACACAUGACGACACACUUUUCUAACCUAGAAUUAUUGCACAAUGCUAUGACUGAUAGUCACAUUAUCUUGAUCUACUGGGGAUGACCACAAGGGUUAGCAAAUACAACAGACCCCAUGUCUGUCAGUGCCAUGGUGACUUCACUGACCAAG